UUUUUAUGCAAAUGCUUUAAUUCAUUUAUUAAUUCUAUGUUUUUUUUAUGUGUUUACAGUAAUUGAUCCCGUGAUCUUUGCAAUGCUAGUCAAAAAAAAUCUUAAAUCAACAUCUUUAAAAUCUUUUGCACGUUUUCUAGCAACUUUAAUGUGACAGGCUAAGGAGAGAGAGACAGACUAUAAACUUUCUGUGAGACUAAAAGGGGAUCCUUUAUGUAUAACUGUUUUAAUAUUUGCACCUAUGACACUCAACUACAAUUAAUCAUUGAUGUCGAGAAGACUUUCUAUUAUUCUCACACAAACGUACAGUAUGUAUUAUUUAUAUGCACAUGGUUUCCCAUUUCUUUCCUCGACCCCCUUGAAACAUCUAGAUCAUGUUGUAGACAUCAUGUAGGUCUAUGUUGGGCCACUUCUGUGUGCAGUUACCCUGUAAAGUACUAGUUUGCUAUAAAGGUGGGGCAACACUUUACAACAAGGUUAACAUUAUAAAUGCAUAGCUAACGUGAAUUAACAAUGUGGAAUAUAGUUUUUCAGCAUUUAUUGUUGUUUGGUAAUGCCAGUACAAUUGUUCUUGUUAUACUGCUCUUUACUGUACAUCGAGUAAGGAAUAAUUGACGACGGGACGUUGAAUCACUGGAAAAUAAUGCACACCCUUUACACCUCGGGUGUGUUAUUUUCAAAUAAUAUAAAGGACCAGAGUCAAUUAUUCCUCUUAUACCACGGUUACCACAAACACUGCUCUGGUGCCUAUUUUUAAGACAUUUAAAAGUUGUGUAGUUUACAGAAAAAUAAUUUACACUCAUUUCUCAACCAAUCGGAAUAAAGCGUUCAACAGGCCCCUGUUAUAACUAACUUAAUAUUAACUUUUGCAACUUUUGAUUUUAAAUAUGCAUUAGUAAAUGUUAACAUAACUAAGAUUAAUAAAUGCCAAGUGUUGUAUUUUCAUCCUUGCUGAAAAAACAAAACCAUUACAGAAAAUUCUAAUGGUUUUAUUGGGAAUUUUAUUGGUUCUAAUGGAAUAUGGCCCAAAACACACUACAGUGUAUUGGUUUUUGUUGGUCUCUAAUGGUAUGUAUUGGUUCAAUUGGUUCUAAUGGAAUAUGGCCCAAAACACACUACAGUGUAGUGGUUUUAAUGGUAAAAGCUAAUGGUUCCUAUUGGUAUUUUAAUGGAAACCAUUAGAAUUUUCUGUAAUGGUUUUAUUGGUUUUUCAGCAGGGAUGUUGGCUAAUGACCCGAUUAAUUAAAUUAUUUGAACAAAUACAACCUUAUUGUAACUAUUACAAUAACCAAGAUGGGAAACCGAGUUAAAAAUAUCUAACUCUCACAACUAGAGAAACGAUAAACCUGGUAAUCCAGGAUAUUUAAAAUCCUUUUGAGACAUUGUUCCAGGAAUAUACACAAUUCUCUGUUAUGUAAUGCAUGUAUUAGAAGAGCCUUAAGUGUGCCAGCUGGUGUCCACGUUAUUCGAGUUUAAAUAAUAAAUUCGGCAGAGGAUGUUACGCGUAAAUAAAAAUUGAGUAAUAAUUUGGGCUAAAGAAGGAAUUAUAACACAGAGUAACGUAAUACAAGGACAGCUGGGGUUUAAAGCACACGGGAUUAAAGUCACAUGUGACAGAAGGUGUGUGCGACGCUGCGCAGACGAUCGGUGUAUAGCAUUAAAGUACCGCGAGAGCGUUAUAAAGCUGUGCUAUCGAUUCGCUCUCGCGGUACUUGAUGUCAUAAACUCAUAGGUCUGCGCAGCACUGCAUGACGUCGAACACACCUAGAGAAACGGAGGCUGUAACGGUCGGUCCUGUAUGUGAGGGACGCUGUAAACGGGGGAGAUCGCUGUUGCUUUCAAAGGGUAUUAUUUUAGGGGUAAAGGAAGAAUAUUAUUUUAAAAGACUUAAUUGUGUAGCUACUUCUUCAAAACUGCGUCAUCUGCAACAACGAAAGCUGGGGAUUUUUUUAUUUCACACAUGCCCAAUUCCAGACAACAAUUGCAUGGUUUGCAGAGCGCCUGGUAGCUCUCAUCACAUCAUGCUGUUGUCCAUCACGCUGCUUUUCCUCCAUCUGUCUCCAUCGAGGAGCUCAAGACUGUGUAGUCACCUCUGUCUGUGCUAUGAGCACUCAGAUCUGGUGGAUUGCCAUGCCAGGGGUCUUGAUGAAGUGCCUCAUGGACUUCCUCAUGGCACCUGGCUCCUGGAUCUAGGAGGAAACAAGCUUCCAGUUAUCCGAAGUCGAGCUUUUGCCGGCCUUUGGUCUCUUCGUAUUCUUGUGCUCUCGGGCAGUGGCAUCCAAGAUCUACAAACUCAUGCUUUUUACUCUCUUUCCUAUCUGGAGAAGCUGGACCUGAGUCAAAACAUGCUGACUCGGAUUCCACCUCAUUUCUCGGAGAGCCUGUCGUCUGUGAGGGAGCUGAGGCUGGACCACAAUGCGCUGGUUCUCCUGAAACCUCCGGGCCUGGAACAUCUGGAGAACCUUGAGAAACUGGACCUCAGUCACAAUCGGAUCCAUUCUCUGGAACCCGGCACGUUCCGUGGCCUCUCCCGUCUGCGCCAGCUUUACCUGCAGGGGAACCGCUUGGGUGUCGUGCGGGACGGCUCUCUCACCAUGCUUCCUGGCUUGGAGGUCCUGCUCCUGGGGAACAACAAUAUCUCUCGGAUUGAGGUAAAUGCACUCGCUCCACUUCACAGUCUGUCUCUUUUGGGCUUGGAGGGGAAUCAUUUGGAGCACCUGAAUUUUAAGACGUUUCUGAGUUUGCACACGGCUGCUACGCACCUGCAGCUGGCAGGGAAUCCUUGGAGUUGCGAUUGCGACCUGCACCGUGUAUUCAGCAAGCUGCUCAGCGUGCGCCACCUCCACGUGGACGACUACGAUAAUGUAACUUGUCACGAGCCCUGGCAGCUUGCUGGAGCGUCUUUGGCAUGGGUAGACAGCCAGUUGUGUAUGGCUGAGACCGUUACCGUGUUAGUCAUCACCGUUACUGUGAUUGUAACAGUAUUUGGUGCCUUGUUAAUGGCGGAGAGGAAACGUAAGAAGAGAAAACACUGGCAGCACACUGAAGAUGAAGACUAAUGAGAUGGUUUAGUAGGACAAUAUGUCUCUUUGGGAUCAUGAAGAGAAUUUGAAACUUUUGAAACAAAGAGCAUAAUGAAUGCUCAACAAGAUGCAUUUUACUUUCUUAAACCAAGGUAUUUGUUUAGAUCAUGGGUCUCCAAACCUGUUCCUGGAGGGCACCUGUCCUGCAUAUUUUAGUUCCAACCCUACUCCAACACACCUGCCUCAAAUUUUUGUGUUUGAUUUGGGUUGGAGCUAAAAUCUGCAGGACAGGUGCCCUCUGAAGCCCAGAAUCCACUUCAGGAUUUUUUCCCUCCUAUAAGAUCAUUACCUUAUCACAGUGUGCGACAUGGAUCGUUUAAACUUGGGUAUGACAAGCAUGUAGACUGCGAUGAUGACACGGAGGCUUCAACGGUUACGUCACACGUUAGCGCAAUGUCACCAGCAUGCGCUUGUGGUAAACAAAUACCACAGGUCGUAGCAGCAAACACACUGUGCGGUGAUCAUGCUGAAUUUCUGACACUAUUGUAGGCUAUCUUUGGACGCAAGACCGGGAAAACAGCUGUCUUUGAACCUCUCUCGCUGUACGACAUAGGACCACCGAUGAAAAGCCACGAUCACAGAAAUCGCGACAAUUGUUUCACGAUGGGAAUCUUUCGUCUGGGACAACCCAGUGUAUUCCAGGCUUAAGACCAGGUUUGGAGACCCAUGGUUUAGAUACUAUUCAUGGUCUAAACUCAACACUUUGUUAUAUGGGAUUUUUCUUUAAGCAAACACUUUCCAGUUUUACAACCAGAGAUAAGUCAUGCAUUAAGCUGUAUUUACACUUACAAGCCUCUGCACUUAUGUCAAACAAUGUGUCGAGACUAUGACUUAUAAAAGUUUUUACAAGUACAAUAAUGUAAAGCAUCUAUAUUGGAAGCAAAUUCCUUUGGAGACGUCGGCUUAAGUAUGUGUUAAAAGCAAAAUCAAAACAAAAUCUUACAGGCCUUUAUCAUUGUGUUUAUUUUUUUCACAAUUUAUUUGUAUUUUAGACUUCUUUCCCUCUUCAAUAUCAAAUUCAACAAUGUACUUUUAUCAUUGUACAAUGCUGUUUCAAAUAUGUAUUGUAUAGAUGUCGAUACUAUUAAUAAAUGUUAAAGGAUUAGUCCAUUUUCUUAAAAGAAAAAUCCAGAUAAUUUA